AUUUUGUGUCUACCUUCGGUGUUCUACACUCGUAUUGAUACUGGCUCCGAAUGCAUCUCGUACUCGUAUGUGAUAUUUUGUCAAGUCUUUCCCGUGGUCAACGCUGACCUGGCGUGUAAGCACCCUCUGGCUGACAUGUGAAUGAAUGGUGGUAUCCCAAAGCAGCAGAAGGCUGACAGAUUUUCCUGCUGUGUGUGGUGCAGCUGGAUCACCUGUCACAGAGCAGAUUUGUACAGAAUCUUGUAAACUACGUCGUAGUGAGAUAGGUUGACAAUUUUUGAUGAGCUGCCUUGCUUGCGGGUGAGAUGAUGUCUGUCAGUAGCAUAGGAUUGUGCAUUCCAGCAGGUCUGGGCCCAUCCAGUGCCCAUGGUCAAGUUGAACACAGCUGGAAUCUUAAAUGGCAGUUUCGUGGUGCAGUGAUCUUGAGUACGGAUGAUUAUUUCAUCAGACAAGAUGGGUCAUAUUUAUUUCAGAAGUACUUACUUGAUGAAGCUCAUGAAUGGAACCAUGAAAGAGCCAAGUCGGCCAUGAGACAAUGGAAAUCUCCAAUUAUUAUAGACAAUACCAACAUUCAAGCGUGGGAAAUGAAACCAUAUGUGGUUAUGGCACAACAGAACGGUUAUGAGGUGAAAUUCAGAGAACCAGACACACCGUGGAAAUUUGAUGUUAGAAAACUGACCAGAAUAAAUACUCAUGGUGUUCCAAGAGAGAGAAUUGAACGGAUGAAAGAACGGUAUGAGAGGAACAUCACGAUUGACAGAGUACUGCGUGCAGAGAAGAGAGUCCAACAUAACUGAUGCAAAGUUGCCAACUGAUUGCUUUCAGAAGAGGAGCGAACAAUGACGAGCUUAGCACAUGGUGGAAUAAUGCUAGUUCGGCAAGUCCAGGACAAUUCCUACAGAUUGAUAAUUGCAUUUUAAUCAGAAUGGAAGAAAACUUGCUUUUAAACUAAAUUUUCUUUUUUUAAAUGUUAAAAUUUUAGCAUAGAAAAGGGUAUUGUACUAAAGGUCUUAGAAAUGUGACCAACAAACUUUAUUCAAUAGUGAUUUUGUCAAAUGCAUUUUUGCUAACUCUUUUGCUGGUCAAAGCUUGAACCAGGAGCUAUUACUGCAGACAUCUACUCCAAAUAUUCCAGCAGCUAUUUUUGUAUCAAUAUUUGUAAAUUGCAGCUACAUAUGAUAAUUUGUGAUUAUAUAAAUCAGUCUUUUUUAAUUAUUUUUAACAUUAUUUUAAAUAAUUGAAUUUAAGGAUAUAAAAGUCAAACACUUUUAUUUCCUCAAUUGUAGAUGUACAUUGUAUCUACAAUUAUUUUUAAUAUACUCUUGGGGGUGUUGGCAUCACUGGUAAUGCUGGCAUUUAUUGCCCAAUUCCCAUUGCCCUGAGUAGCAGAUGGUAAAUAGUAUUGAUCUACUGCAAUGUUUUGUAGCAGUUUCAUACAGUUGAAUAGUGUGGUAGGCCAGAGGGCAGUUAAUCAUAUCUAGUAUUACAUCAGGUUUCCAUUCCAUAAAGGACUUUAGUGAGCCACUUGGGUUUUAAUGACAUUGAAGCCUAUUGGUGAUUUUGAAGCAAUUUCCUAUUUAAUUGAUUUUAAAAUGUUUACCACUAUGUAUGUAAAUACGUUUUAUAUUGUUUUGUGCAAAAUUGUAAUAAAAUAAUUGAUUUUGUA